AUGGCGUCGCCUUUCAGCGGGGCCCUGCAGCUGACGGACUUAGACGACUUCAUCGCGCCGUCUCAGGACUGCAUCAAGCCCAUGAAGCUGGAUAAGAGGUCGGGAAGCGGCGUGGCCAAGAUCCACAUCGAAGAUGACGGGAGUUACUUCCAAGUCAGUCAGGAUGGAGGGAAGAAGAAGCUGGAGAAGGCCAAGAUCUCGCUGGACGACUGCCUGGCAUGCAGUGGCUGCGUCACCUCAGCAGAGACUGUGCUCAUCACUCAGCAGAGCCACGAGGAGCUGCGGAAGGUUCUAGGUGCCAAUAAGAUGGCAGCACCUGAUCAACAGAAGCUGGUUGUCAUCUCAGUCUCGCCCCAGUCCAGAGCGUCACUGGCUGUGAGGUUUCAGCUGAAUCCUACGGACACCGCCAGGAAAUUAACAGCAUUCUUUAAAAAAAUAGGCGCACACUACGUGUUUGACACCGCCUUCUCGAGGAACUUCAGCCUCCUCGAGUGCCAGCGGGAGUUCGUGCGGCGGUUCCGAGGACAGGCCGACCCCAACCAGGCCCUGCCCGUGCUGACUUCCGCCUGCCCAGGCUGGAUCUGCUAUGCCGAGAAGACCCACGGGAGCACCCUCCUCCCCCACAUCAGCACGGCACGGUCCCCGCAGCAGGUCAUGGGCUCCCUGGUCAAGGACUUCUUCGCCCAGCAGCAGCGUCUGACCCCUGACAAGGUCUACCAUGCAACAGUAAUGCCCUGCUACGACAAAAAGCUGGAAGCCUCCAGACCCGACUUCUUCAGCCAGGAGCACCAGACACGCGACGUGGACUGUGUCAUCACCACAGGUGAAGUCUUCAAGCUGCUGGAAGAAGAAGGGGUCUCGCUGUCAGAGCUGGAGCCGGCUCCUCUGGACAGUCUGUGCAGCAGUGCCUCUGCCCAGGAGCCCACCAGCCACCGGGGCGGGGGCUCAGGGGGCUACCUGGAGCACGUGUUCCGGCAUGCAGCCCAGGAGCUCUUCGGGAUCCAUGUCACUGAGGUCACCUACAGACCCCUGAGGAACAAGGACCUCCAGGAGGUGAUUCUGGAGAGGGACGGCCAAGUCCUGUUGCACUUCGCUGCAGCCUAUGGCUUCCGCAACAUCCAGAACCUGGUGCAGAAGCUCAAGCGCGGGCGCUGCCCAUACCACUUUGUGGAGGUCAUGGCCUGCCCGGCAGGGUGCCUCAAUGGGGGCGGACAGCUCAAGGCCCCUGACAUGCCCGGCAAGGAGCUCCUGCAGCAGGUCGAGAGGCUGUAUGGCCUGGUCAGGACCGAGGCACCGGAAGACGCGCCCGGGGUCCAGGAGCUGUACGAGCGCUGGCUGCAGGGCUCAGGCUCAGAGCGGGCCGGCCGCCUGCUGCACACCAGCUACCAUGCGGUGGAGAAGGCUGGCUCUGGACUCAGUAUCAGAUGGUAG